AUUGAAUAGUGAAUGGUGGUUACUGUUGACGAGUCGUAAGAGUAAAAUUGAAGUGCCAGGAUAACCAACCUUAUGCCAACGCCACAGUCUUGGGUGAACGAGUCCUAUUGUAUACUAUAACAUCAGAAACAUAUACUUUCCACGGUCUUAGUUUUGCAACGAAAGAAACUGGUAUAUAAUUUGUCUCCUCAUCGGAAGGAAAGUUAUAGGUGUAAAGGUACCAGUGAGACUUUGUAGUGUACAAUCUAAUAAAGAGUGGGAAACCGAAAAUGGCACCUACAGUUGAAGUGUCCUCGAAAGAUCCAAGGAUCGGUUCAAAAAAUUCAUCGGAAAGAAAAAUUGAGAACGUUUGGUCCGAGGACUAUCGGCUGCGACACAAAAUACACGUUGUUACCAACUAUAUCCUUACCAACGUUAUCUACUAUUUCUCGUACACUAUCCAACUGUUGUUCGUGGAAAAUCUAAAGCAAUUACUGGAAAAAGUUUCUAUAAACAUUUGUUUGAAAUUCGGUACCAUCAAAUUCUUCGUGAUUCUGCGGCUAAGUGCCAACGUCAUCGAAAUCAAUAAGAAGCCGAACUGCCUCGACAGUGGGCCCAUGACGGGGACGCAAAAGGAUAAAUUGAAAAGGGUCCUCAACUUUUGCAGGUUGUUUUCACUGAGUACUAUGGUAUUCUACGAAGGAGGAAGUCUAAUAUAUCCCCUUGCUACAACGCUGUCGCAUGGGACGCAACUUUCGUUGGAAAAUUGGAUACACUAUGAUUGGAGGAAAAAUGCGUUUUGCUAUUGGGGUUCGCUGCAGGCGGCCAUCAAAUGA